CAACCCGGUCUGCUCUCGAAAGAGCACCAUCUCACACUAGAAAGUCUUAGCGUUAGGCUGUACCUCCACUAUCAGGUGAUAUCCUAGCAUAUAAGCUCCCACGAGUGUCCUGCGUUCAAUAAUUUUCUUUUCGACCUCAAUCAGGCAUUUUUCGAUCCCAAAUAGACAUUGUCGACCUCAAUCAGAUAUCACACAUUAUUCAAAUCCGGCCACGAGCCACACGCAAGCUACACCAGUCCAGCAGCAGCAACAGAAUCAUGUCUUCUCGGCCCCAGCCUGACUCACAAGCGAGAAUCGGCACCACGAUUCCGGUGCGCACAACAACCACCGAAACGAGAAGGAUUGCUUCGAAGGGGACAGGCUGGUUCUGGGCCAACGGUUGGAACAAGGACACCAAAGAAACACUGCCGUCUGAGACCACCUCGAAAACCACAUCCGAUUCUGGAGAAUCACAAAAGUCAACGCUCGUUGAGAUCGGCACAUUGGUGCUUGCAUUGGGCGUUGGAUGGAACGUUGUCGCAUUCGGAGGACUUGCUGCAUAUCACGCAGCAUACAGAAGAUACCCCGUUCUGCGCCGACUUGUCCGGCGUUAAUGGGCAUUUCAC